AUGCAGGGGCCGCUGCUAAUGCUGGUGUUUUCGAUCAUCUGCCUGCCUGGAGCAAACAGCAAAAAUGGCCGUGGUCAAUGUCCCGAAGUAAAAUUACAGGAAAAUUUCUCCCUAACGAAGUAUAUGGGGAUAUGGUAUGAUAUUGAACAUCUUCCCACACAUACUGCUUCUGGUGAUUGCAUUUCAGAGGAAUACAUCCUGGUCAACGAUGGUUGGGUGGACCUCAGAGUUGAGGAGAAGCUGAAGAAUGGCAGCCUCAGAGUUCAUAAAGGAAAUGUUAUUCCAACACAGCUGAAUGUAACAGCCAACCUUCAAUACCAAUUGAAACUUCCAUUCAAACAAGUGCCAGAUAUUGCAGAGCUUUCUUUUGUCCCGUACAUGGUAUUAGCCACCGACUAUGAAACUUAUUCAUUGGUAUACAGCUGCUUUCAACAGAUCCCCACUGCAUGGCACCAUGUACAAUAUGUUUGGAUUUUGUCAAGAGAACGGCACCUAGCAGAAAAUAUCACAGACAAUCUGCAUGAGAUCUUGAAACCAUAUAACAUUAAGACUGAAGAAAUGGUUAAAACUGUUCAAGAAGGUUGCCCUAAACAUGUAAACCAAUAA